AUGGGUAAGAAUUUGAUAAUUACAGUCUGUGUUGAGGGUGGGGUUAAAGCUACAAAAGUUACAGAUGACAAACAACAACCAAAGGAAAUGGGGACUGUUAAGGGUAAUGAUGUUGAGGCUACUGAUUGUGAUGUUGAGGGGAAUUUGGGCGAUGCUGAGGGUAGUGAGAGUGACUGUGAUGGUGAUGGUGAGGGUAGUCAGACUGAGGGUUAUGGCAGUGAGGGGCAAUGUGGGGUUGAGGGUCAAUUUGAGGGUUUGCAAGACAAGGGUAGGAAUGACAUAGAUGAGGAAUCUAAUAUUCCUCGAGAUGUAGAUGACUGGGGACAUUUAGAAAAUGCAACAUUCUCUGAAAUUGAAGAUGUAAUAAACAUGGAUUGGGGUGACAACUACAUUUCUGAUGAAGAAAAUAUUGAAUUAAGGAAGAAAUUAAAAAAAGUUGAUAGUGUUUUUGAUUUGUUGAAUGAGAAUGAUGGGUUUGAAGCCGAUGUAGAGCACACCUAUGCGUCUGAUUAUGAAAAUGAAACCCAUGAAUUUGUGUCUGAGGAGAGUGAUUCUGAUUUUGAACCACGAUUGAGAAAAAAAAGACUCGUGUAUGAUCCGAAGUGUGACCAUAGCAAACUUGAAAUUGUCAUAGGAAUGCACUUUCAGGAUGGUUUUCAGUGUAGAGAGGCUUUAACCACUUGGGCAGUUGAAAAUGGUAGGUACAUUCGGUUUAGGGCUGUUUCUAAGAAGAAACUUUUAGCAAAGUGUACUCCUCUUUGCCCUUGGAAAGUGUUUGCAAGUGCUCUGCAGGGUAAUGGUAACUUCUUUAUAAAAAGUUAUGCGGGUGACCAUAACUGUGCUAAGGCAAUGAGUAAUAAAUUGUUAAGCUCACAGUGGGUUGCAAAACGUUACCUCAAUGUCUAUAGAGUCAGGUACAAUUUAGGGGUGAAAGAUCUUGGGGCAGAUAUUCUAGAGAGGUUCAAGGUGAGAGUACCCAAAGAUAGGCUUUACAAGGCUAGAAGACUUGCACAAGAAAUGGUGAGAGGUUCCAUAGAGCAACAUUAUGGUUCUUUGAGAAACUAUAUUGCGGACUUGAGAAGGGUUGAUGGUGAGGGGCACUAUGAGCUUCUUCUUGAAGCAGAUAGUGUAUUCAAAGCACUAUAUAUGGGCAAGGAUGGAAACAAUGAUAUGUUUCCAAUUGCCUGGGCCGUAGUUGAGGCUGAGAAUGAAGUUUGCUGGACUUGGUUUUUGAAGUGUCUUCUUGAGGAUUUAGAUAUUGGAGAUGGCAGUGGGUGGACCUUCAUUAGUGAUCAACAGAAGGGAUUGGCAAAUGCCGUUGCUGCUUUGGCUCCAAAAGCUGAGCACAGGAACUGCGCCCGACAUCGGAGUUCAAAGUAG